UCACGUGUUCAGAACGACUCGAACUCUGAUGCAUCUUUUGACGCGCUCCUCGGUGACGCCAGUAAAAGAAGUACAUAGUAAUUCGAGUCGAUUAUUCGAUACACUGUAAUCGCAGUACAGAAACAGUUUUAGUAUCAUGUCUGGAACUGCAUUAAUCUACGAUGAGGAAAUGAUUGGCUACAAACUUCUGUGGAAUGAUCCGGUCUGUAAGAUUGAGGUCCCUGAGCGGUUAAUUGUCAGUUAUGACGCGCUGAAGCGCAGCGGUUUGGAGCAGAGGUGUGUGUGUGUUCCAGUCCGCCAAGCAACUGAUGAGGAAAUCCUGCUUGUGCACAGUAAGGAGUAUCUUGAAGCUGUAAAACAAACCCCACACAUGACCUUAGAGGAUCUGUUGACCUUCACUCAGCAGUAUGGUGACGUUUAUUUUCACCCUAAUAUCUACCACUGUGCCACGCUGGCGGCUGGUGCUGCGCUGCAGCUGGUGGACAACAUCAUGACGGGGAAAGUGAGGAAUGGAAUGGCUCUUGUAAGGCCUCCUGGUCACCACAGCCAGCGAAGUGCAGCCAGUGGAUUCUGUGUGUUUAACAACGUGGCGAUAGCGGCGCUCUACGCUAAACAAAAAUAUAACCUCAACAGGGUGUUGAUUGUGGAUUGGGAUAUUCACCAUGGACAGGGAGUGCAGUUCUGCUUUGAAGAGGAUUCCAGUGUUCUGUAUUUCUCAUGGCACCGCUUUGAGCACGGUCGUUUCUGGCCCAACCUUCCUGAGUCUGACUACGACAGUGUGGGGAAGGGUGAAGGAAGUGGCUUUAAUAUUAACCUGCCUUGGAAUAAGGUGGGAAUGACCAACAGCGAUUACCUCUCGGCUUUUUUUCACGUCCUCUUGCCUAUUGCAUAUGAGUUUGCUCCUGAGCUGGUGUUUGUCUGUGCAGGGUUUGAUUCUGCUAUUGGUGAUCCAGAGGGGCACAUGUGUGCUUCUCCAGAGAUUUUUGGCCACCUUACACACCUGUUGAUGUCUCUGGCCAAUGGCAGAUUGUGUGUUGUCUUGGAGGGUGGAUACAACUUGACAUCUCUUCCUCAGUCAGUUUGCCAAACUGUACAAACUCUGCUUGGAGAUCCCACAUCAGUGCUGAAUGAUAUUGGACCCCCAUGUCAAAGUGCUCUGGAGUCUGUUCAUAAUGUUCGAGCUUCUCACCAGAGGUAUUGGAGCUCUCUCAAAACCCAAGACUGUCCUAUCAUGGAGCCAAGUACCAAACGCUGCAGAGUGAAGGAAGAUGAUGAACAGCAACAAGAAAAGGAAACUGAACCUCUAGUCUGGACAGAACCCGUAUUUAGAGUUGCCCCUCCUGUGCACACGGCUGUGCGACUCUAUGAAGAACAGCAGGACUCGCUCCCAGAAGCCUGUCAGCAACUCGGUGAAACAUCACCAAAGUAUUUUGAGGAGGCAGAGAAAAUCAGGAAUAAACAUUUUCGGGAUGUGACUGAUGAGAAGUCUUUACAGUGCUGCCAGGAUAUUGUUACAAUUUUGGAGAAAAUCAAGAACAAAGAGGUACGGAAUGGCCUGGUUGUGGUGCCUGAUGUGUUUGUAUCUCUGAAGUGUGCUGUGGAACAUGCUAAGAACUCACUGUUUCAGCGGAUUUUGGUGCUGUUUGUAGGAGAUGAUGUUUUAGUGGACACUGAAGAUGGGAGCAUGCUUUUGGUGCAGAUCUGCAGAAAAAUGCCUGAAGGUGUUAAGUCUGUCUAUCAUGUGCCGGUGUGUCUAAACAAUGAUGUGUUCUCAAAUGCGAGUGUCAUGGCCGCAGUGUUCGGUCUGAUUCUGCCCCUAGCAUAUGAAUUUAAUCCAGACCUGGUAGUGCAGGUCAUGGCUGAGGGCAAAGGCGGGUUGAAGGAGCAUGCCUGGGAACAGCUCACAAGCCUCCUGCAAGGGGUUGCACAGGGCACAACUCUGGCACUGCUUAAGGGCUGUGACAUGCUGAGGGCCACAGGGACAUCUCUCUCUGGGGCUCCUGCUCCAUCACUUGGACCUCUGGAUCCUCCUCUGGCUGAGGAUAUCAAGGCUCUAGAGGCACAGAGGCAGAGACUGCAGAAGCGCUGGGGUCUCCUGAGUAACACUCGUAAGUUUCAGAAAUCGGAACAGAAGGUCAGGACAGAUGAAGACCCCUGCUGUAAACAUCAUCAGUGUCAUUUCUACAAGACAGACACUACGUUUCAAUAAAAUAUUACCAUUAUUUUA